UGAGAGAGAAAUUGUAAAAUGUACAAGAGGCGUCAACUUGGCCAAGUAGCCUGCUGGCUUUUGGCCAUCAUUGUAAUAGUUACGGGCCACGUUAAUGCCUACAAAAAGUUCGGACAGGAUUGUCGGGAUGUUAGCUGUGCGGUUAAUGAGCAUUGCAUUGUCUCGCAUGUAGCUUGUGAGAGGGAUCAAUUGGAUGGCGAGCACUGCGGGCUCUAUCCCAGAUGUGUGGAGCGUUCUUUGAGUGCAGCAGGCAUUACCUUGGAGAGACUGAAGCGAUCGUUGCAAGGCUUUGGCAAUCGAAGAGAGGCUGGACAAAUGGGUAAUGGAAUGGGUGGAAAUGGAAUGGGUGGCAACGGAAUGGGUGGCAAUGGUAUGGGUGGUAAUGGCAAUGGAAUGGGUGGAAAUGGAAUGAGCGGCGGCAUGGGGCCACCAAUGUGUGGCAACCAAAUGGGAGGUCGUGGGGGAUUUGGUGGCAAUGGAAUGAAUGGUAAUGGAAUGAAUGGUAAUGGCAUGAAUGGCAAUGGAAUGAAUGGUAAUGGAAAUGGUAAUGGAAUGAACCGCAAUGGAAUGAAUAGAAACGGAAUGAACGGCAAUUCAAAUUCAUUCAGGCGUCUAAAGCGCAGUGUGAAAAGUUUAACGCGUCAAGGCGAUGCGGCACAACAGGGAAACGGAAUGGGAAAUGGCAAUGGAAUGGGCGGAAACGGAAUGGGAGGAGGCAAUAGAAAUGGUGGGAAUGGAAAUGGGAUGGGUGGCAAUGGAAUGGGAGGAGGUAAUGGAAUGGGACCUCCAGGAAUGUGUGGAAAUGGAAUGAAUGGAUUUCAAAUGGGUGGCAGAGGAGGCAAUGGAAUGGGCCCACCCAAUGGAAUGGGUGGAAACGGAAUGAAUGGCAAUGGAAUGGGUGGCAAUGGGAUGGGCGGCUAUGGCAAUGGAAUGGGAAGAAAUGGAAUGGGCGGCAACGGCAUGGGAAACAAUGGAAUGGGUGGACGUGGAGGUGGUGGUGGGGGUGGAGGCAUGGGUGGCAAUGGAGGCCAAUGGAAUAAUGGAAACAAUGGCAAUAGUCAAUAUUCAUCACAGUCAUCGACAUUCGCAAAUGGUCGCCAGGGAAUGCAACAAUCUUCGUACUCGAUGAACGGGCGGCCAAUGGGCACAAUGCAGUCAAGCUGGAACAAUGGACAGGGAAUGAACGUGUCAACAGAUCAACAAUCAUCACUUUCCCGACAAUCCGAUGGAAUCAAUGCUGAUAGCUCUGUGACCGUUAGCUCAGCCAAUGGAGCAAAUGGAAGCUCGCAGAGGCCUCGGCGAAAUAAUACCGCCUCAUCGGAUGAUUCAUGGUUCUAA